CUCUCGCAGUAACACGGAGAUAACGUGCGGGCUGCGUGUAGAAGAGACAGAUACCAGGAAUACACAUCUAGGUGAAGGCUGUAACUGUUGUUAGCACCAGGAACUUUUUUAUUAUUCCACACCAAUCAUGAGCACAGAUGGGCAAAAGGGCAAGAAAAGAUAUAAGUCUCAAUUCUGCGGCAAUGCCAAGAGGCAGAAGCGGCGCCAUGAGCUGGAGGUUGGAAUGCAAGGGAUCCUUAUCACCUGUAACAUGAAUGAGCGGAAAUGUGUAGCAGAAGCCUACAGCCUACUGAAUGAAUAUGGGGAUCAGAUGUAUGGUCCUGAGAAGCUAAGUGAGAAAGACGAUGGGCUAUCAGAAAGUGAGGAAGAGGAUGAUGAUGCAGAAGCAGCUCUAAAGAAAGAAGUCGAUCAGAUUCGCACUUCAACAGAAAAAAACCUGCGUAGAUUUCAGUCUGUGGAAAGUGGAGCAAACAAUGUUAUUUUUAUUAGAACACUGAAUGUGGAGCCUGAGAAGCUGGUGCAUCAUAUUUUGAAAGACGUGCACACAACCAAGAAGAAGAAGACCAGGGUCAUCCUCCGCAUGCUGCCCGUUUCUGGUACAUGCAAGGCUUUUCUUGAGGACUUGAAGAAAUACGCGGAGACAUUUUUUGCACCCUGGUUUAAAUCUCCCAACAAGGGAACCUUUCAGAUUGCAUAUAAAGCACGGAACAACAACCAUAUGAAUAGAGAUGAAGUGAUAAAGGAACUAGCAGGGAUUGUCGCAAGCCAGAACCCAGAAAACAAGGUGGAUUUAAGUAACCCAGAGUAUACUGUCAUAGUUGAAAUCAUAAAGAAUGUCUGCUGCUUUAGUGUUGUGAAGGACUAUACUGUGUUUAGGAAGUACAAUCUACAGGAGGUGAUAAAGAGUAGUAAGGAGGAAAAACCCCAACAGCCCACAAAGGAGGACAAAGAAGAGAAUCUGAAAGAAACCCAAGGCACUCAAAAUACUGCACACAGCUAGAACUUUGAUAGGGCAGUGAAUUUUCAAUACACUCACUUUUAUGUUUUACGGUGUUUGAGCUACAGUACACUUGCCUUUAAGGGUGAUGGCACAGAGAAGGUUUAGUCACCCACAGUAAAUCCUGCAGUUUGGCAGUGAGUACAUUUGACUGCAAUACAAAAGGUAUAUUCAGUAGUUUUGUUAUCUGCAUUGUAGGAGAUUUAGUGCAGGCAGCAAAACAUCCCUUGUGCCAUCACUCUUACAGGAAACUGCUGUUCUUGUUUAUCAUAAGCACAACACAUAUGAUGCAAAUGUGUAAUGUCUGCAUUAAAGCCCACCCCACCUAUCUCGGCAAAGAUUGAUGUGUACCUUGCAGGAGCAACUCCUGCCUACUAUUUUGUGCUACUUGUGCUUUUAGCCGAAGUAGGUCAGUAGAACUGGAAUGGUUUAAUUCCGUUCUUUAUUCUCUGGGAUGAACCCUGUGGACUUUUUGAGACUGAAGUUGCAAUUAGUUUAUAGCCAGGUGCUGUAUACGGAUGGUCUGGUGGGAGAUUUCAUGCAUUCUAGUAUGUAGGGCUUUUGGGGGUAGUGCAGUGUAUACCAUUUGUAAAAUUCAUACCAUACUAAAGAAAUACUUGUUUUUAUUUUAAUGGUCGGUUAAAAAAACCAUUAGGCCAUGGAUGUAUGUUUCAGUUUCUCUUUUAACAAUUCGAAUUCCAAAAACUUUGAGUCUAAUUGCUAUGGUGUGCAAUUUAGUAUUGGUUUCUAAACAUUUUGGAUUGUAAAUAAAUUUUAGUGAAAUG